UUUUGAGUUUCUGCAGGACUCUAUCAUCCAUUCAUCUCAACACUCAGGGCAUUCCAUCGGUUCUAAACGAGGAUCAACUACCCACGACAAACGAUACUGCUAUCACUUUCUACGAUCGGACUCGAACUUCAAAUUACUCGAGAUUACUUAGGAGCGUGACGAUAUAUUAUCAUCAUGGCUGCUGCACCUGUCGGAUUUCAGCUGCCUGAGGGGGCUGUCUGGUUCAUCACCGGCUGCUCUACCGGCAUAGGCCGCGCCUUGGUUCAACACAUCGCCUCGAAAACCAGCGACAGAGUCGUCGCAACAGCGCGCAACCCGCAAGCUCUGUCAUACGUUGACGACAACGACCGCGUGCUCAAGGUGGCCCUGGACGUCAAGUCCAAGACCUCCAUCGACGCCGCGGUCACCCAGGCCCUGCAAAAGUUUGGCCGCAUCGACGUCGUGGUCAACAACGCCGGGUACAACGUCCUGGGCGACACCGAGGCCAUCUCUGACGAGGCCGCGCGGGCAGUGGUGGACACCGACUUCUGGGGCAUGGUGGACGUGACCAGGCGAGUACUGCCCGUGCUUCGCGAGACAAACGCCGAGAAUGGCGGCAAGCAGGGCGGCCUGGUGAUGAAUGUGAGCUCGAUGGGCGGCUUCGUCGGCUACCCGGGCAAUGCGUUCUACCAUUCCGCCAAGUUCGCCAUGGAAGGCUUCACGGAGAGUGUGGCCAAGGAGAUGCCUCCGGAUUGGAACAUCCACUUCAGCAUCAUUGAGCCCGGUGGCGUGGAAACAAACUUUGCGACGACCUCGAUCCAGAUUCCCGACCGUCACCCAGCGUACGAGAGCAAUCCCCACAGCGCGACCACGUUUAUGCUCGGCCUCAUGCAUAAUCCCGAGAUCCUCAAGAACUUUGCUCGCGUCGAAGAUGUGGCAGCCGCCAUGUACGGCAUCGCCAGCCGUGGUGGCAAGAUCCCGCUCCGUGUGCCUUUGGGGCCAGACGCAUGGUCCGCGAUACAGGCGGAUGUCGAGCAGCUUCGGGUCGAUAUCGAAGCAAUCAAGGAUUUGAGUAUGAGUGUAGGAUCAAAGGAGCAGCUCGAGCUGCUCAAGGCUUUGGACGCCAAGUCCAAGAAAUAAGGGCCGGAUGAUUACGGGAGAUGGGUGUAUCGUUGUUUCGCAGAAUAGAUCUCGAGUGCGUAAACUUCAGGAAUGUUGGCCGCGGGAGAGCGACAGCUGUAGAUAAGGUACACUUGCCACA